GCGCGGUGGUUAGGAAACCAAGUGGGCCGAUUUUUUCCGGCGUCGUGUGUUUUCCAGGAAUAUUUCCGUGAAUUUUGAUGUGCGGUUUUUUUCUGUUCCGCCAGGAGCCCUGCAAGUAUCAAUUAUCAACCACCGGGUGAAGCUUUGUAGCCUAUUAUUUGUGGAGUAAGCGAUUACGGUGGGGGGGAAAGAUGUGAAACAAAAGUGCACUGCCAAUUUAGCGACAUAAGAAAUGUGAUAUGCUGAUGACCACUGCCAGACGGGAAAACUAUUUGUGACAAGAGUGUGUUAUGCUGAUGUUUUACUGAAUUACAGUCGGAAAGUUUACGCGUGUACCUUCUUCUGUUACGAUAGAUCCUCGAAAAAAAAUGGCUGACAGAGAAGAGAUGCUGCUGUUUGAGGAUGCCACCUACAACGAGGACGACGGCCAGUUACAUCGGGACUGGAACGACGACGAGUAUGCCCAGAUUAUGGCGGCUAUCCUGGCCACAAGUCGCCGGGCCGCGGAAAUGAAUCGGUGUAACGAGUUGAAUACCGUCAACACCAACAAAACGUUGGAGUGUAAAUUCGAUCGGUUGAUAUCGGAGGUUAGCGACCUAAGGGUAGCCAUCGAAGCGAAGAUCGAUACUAUUAAUCGGAAAAUUAAACACACCAACCGGCUGUUCCAGGCCAGCCAGGAUUAUGAGAAACGAUCGGGAAAGGCCUCCGAGGUGGUGCUGAUGGGGAUCCCCUAUCGGCGGGGUGAAAAUUUAAGAAACUAUUUUGUGAAGAUCUGUCGAACCUUGGGAUUCGGAGAGCAUGAUGUUCCGCUCGUCUACAUCAAGCGUAUUGCGAAGUGCAUCGGAAAUGGUGGCGGGUCCCCCAAACUCAGUAUCCCGCGCUAUAGCCACUCGAUACUGGACAAUGUGAAGUUUCGGACGAAUGUGAAGUUAGUACAGCACAACCAGCGGAUCCCGAACGAGUCGAUCGUAGUGGUGCAAUUUGUGUUUCGUAAUGCGAGACGCGAGUUUUACCAGCGCUAUCUAGAUCAUAAGACGCUCUGCCUGAGGGAUAUUGGACUGGACAGUAGUUCGAGAAUUUUUGUGAAUGAAAAUCUGACUCGCGCGAAUUUGGGCCUCAAAGCGGAGGCAAUGAAGAUGAAGCGCGAGGGUAAACUCAAGAAUGUGUUCACCGUGAAUGGACAGAUCUACGUGAAGCGAUCGAGCGAGCACAAAUCGGAGCUGGUGACUAGCACGAUCGAUCUGCUGCUGAUGGACGAGAACAGGAUGAAGAAUAACAAAGAAAACUAUCCUCGUGUGCUGGAACACAUCAUUCACACGCAGCCGUUUGUGUUGAGCCAAGACUACAAGGAGAUUCUGGUCACGCUCGACAUCGUCUCCAACGAUCCAGAGGUCUCGGUGCGAUCCAAUCUGUCAUCAUGGCUGCAGCGGUUAUGUGUGAGCUGCCUCGACCGGGAGCAGAACAUGAACACCGAGUUCGGGCGGAGUGUGCUGGAGAAGGUGAUAAGCAUCACCGUGCGCUACCUGACUGAUGACCCGGAGGUUCGAUGCGGGGCAUUAGACACGCUCAGUUACCUGAUCGAAAAGGGCUUCCUAGACAAGUCCACCACCGAGGAAUCGUUCUGUCCGGUGAUGGAAAAGCUUUGCCGUAAGCCGCUGGACACUUUCGACGAGGAGUUGUAUGCUACAUUCAUUCAUCUGAUGGUGAAGAUUGUUCCGAUUGUGGGUUACGCCAAAACGUAUGAGCUGAUGUACGACCGAUUCAUCGAGAUGUGCACCUGCAAGGAGAAUUUCGUACGGCGUGAGUGUGCUGGCGCGUUCCCCGUGAUGAGUGAGGUGCUCGGAGAGGAACUUUUCGAGAAGAGCAUGCUGCCCAUUUUUAUGAAACUCUGUGACGAUGAGAUAUGGAACGUGCGGAAGGCAUGCGCCGAAGUGAUGCCCAUCAUCGCACUGCUCUGCACCCUCGAGAAGCGCCGGAAGGUGCUCGUACCGGCGAUGAAGAAGUUUAUGUUCGAUCCUAGCCAGUGGGUCAUUAUGGCGGCGUUGAUGAAUCUGGGCCAGUUUCUCACCACGUUCGCUCAGCUACGCAUCCUUGGCCUAGCGUACACCAGCAAUCUGGAGCUUACCGUCACUAAUGCUGCUGCACCGCAAACCCUCGAGCAGCUGGAUGUGCGUCGCAUAACCUACGGUGGCCAGCCCCCGGUCGAAGUGUUGCUUCAGAAUUUUGAAACCUAUGAAAAGCGCUUCCGAGACUCGAUUCAACGAUAUGCCCUGCUUUCGUUGGUCAAAUCUAAUGAGGAACCCUGGAAGGCUCAGGGAAACGAUACGAUCAACGUCAAUGUGUACCUACACUCGAUCGUUUUUCCGGGUCCUCGAUCGCUGCUACGGUCCACCGGAUCCGAUUCGGACGACGGUGGUAUAUCCAAAAUAUCCGAUUUUUCGUACAAAUACUAUGUAAGGAGGUCACUCUCGUCGAACUCGUUGUGUUCCGCGACUCCCGUUCAGCUGCACCGUGGCAUUCGAAAUUACGACGAGAAGAAUCCGCUGAACAGAUUCCUCAGGUAUUGCUCACCGAUGAAGAAUAACUUUGCGGAUACGUUCGCUAAACAAACGAGUAGUGCAACAUCUCGGGGGAGUGACACGGAUGAUUUCCAUGGCGGGUGGGAUCCAAAUGAAAUCGACUUUACCUCGUUGGAGAUCAAUUUGAUAAAAUGCUUCCCUGGAUCGGAAUUGGACGAGGCAAAAGUUGACGAGGAAGGGAAUGCUAAGAAAAGCGGUAGCGGUAGCAAAGGUGCCAAUAACAAACGUAUGCCGCCUGAUAAUGCUGGGAAAAAGAAAACAUCCGAACAAUCCGGUCAGUUCGAAGGCAGUUCAGUUGAUGAUGAUUCCGUUGACCAGAGUUUCAAUUCGCAUCAAUUUUGGUAUAUCAGCCCAGAGCUGCCACUUGUUCUCGAUUUCAUCGAUGAAGAUAACGCCGAACAAAAGGAAGAUGUUAACAAUAAAAACUUCGAUAUAAGCAAUAACAAUGCCACUUCAACCUCAACAUCCGCUACCUCGAAGGCCGAUAUUGCGUACGAAUCGCACGAGGACUGUGCAAACAACAAUACUAAAUUGACUUCCGCACCUGAAACGGCUGUAGCGGCCCCGGAAAUGAAUGAUCCCUCCAAUGAUAGUGAUUCAUCCUACGGUAGCAUCAAUAAUAACUCGGAGCCAGAGAAACGGGAUUCUGAUGUGACGGCACGCUACUGCAUUGAUCUGCAACAGCAGCCCACCACUACUACUGCUGGUUUGGUAGGGUCAUCUCGUAAGCAAAGUGACAGUCUGGCCGCUGGCAUUGGGGCGCUUGCUAUUGGAGAGGAGAGCAACCGAUUGACUGAUAUUAUUAAAUGGCAAAACGAAGAGGUGGAAUGGAAUCUGCUGGAGGAUUUUGUCCACAUGAAGAGCAUCAACAAGGAGCUGUGCCUCGAAUGUGCCUUCAAUUUUCCCGCUAUCGUGUUGACUUUCGGUGAAAAAUUCUGGCCGGUGCUGAGUGGUCAUUUCUUCGCAUUGUGCAACGAUGUCCAAAAUACCGUCCGUCGAACGAUGGCCGCAUCGAUCAGCAAAGUGGCGCUCAUCAUAGGCCGCGAACAGGCUACCCGUGACCUGGUUUCCCCGUACACUGAGUUCCUGAUGGACUCGGACGAGAUCAGGAUCGAAGUGAUCAAUACGCUAUCCGAAUUCCUUGGGGUGAUCGAUGGCAGUGAGCACGAAAGGCUAAUGGAUCAGCUUAAUGAGUGCUCACAGGCAUUCCUGAAUAGGAUGAAUUGGCGCUUCCGCGAGACAGUUGCGCGACAGCUGAUUCCUCUGGUGAAGAUGCAUACCAAGAUUCGCAAGGAGAACUGUCUGCUGUACCUAACCGGGCUCGCAAUGCGGCUUAUGAUCGACGAGUACGAUUUCGUGCGGAAGGCGGGAGUUGAUGCGUUUGUCGAAUGCGCCCGAGAAUUUCAAACUAAUAAGUCUGUGUUCAAAUUCUUUGCCAUAAAUUUCGCACACUCUUCAAACUGGCGCCGACGACAAAUUUAUAUUAUCACUGCCGGAAAGAUGCUGGAAACUGAAAAUGUGCAAGUGAACACGUUCCGAAAGCAUUUGCUCAACAACAUUCUGACAUUGGUUAGCGAUCCAGUGCCCAACGUUAGAAUACAGGUGGCGAAAUGCCUCAAAGACACCAUUCUGCCACACGAGAGCUUCUCGACCCUCUCCCCUGACGCAAGCGCCAUCGAGCAAACGCUAGCGAAACUACGCUCCGAUGAGGACCGAGACGUGCGAGGUCACACCGAUGGAUACUCGAGCCCCGAAGAAGACUCCAUAGCGGCCGGGGCACCGGACAUAACGGCGACGAGUUCAAUCAUCGAUACGCCACCCACUUCGUCUACGUCGUCAACAUCAUCGCUCUCACCUCCACUUCUUACGCAAACGACACCCACCCAACAAUCAGUAGCAGCAGCUGAUGAUGACGAAAAAGAUAACACUCAGCAGCAACAGCAGUCAGAGUUUUCCACGCUGAGCAGCAACGAUACGAUGUACUUCGACGUCAGUCAGCUCUUUUGAGUAUGGCUUCUUCGGCGAUUGCAGCACACAACGCGAGUGGUCGAUUUUUUAGACACCUAUUAACAGGGGGACAACUUUUAUUAUCACUCCGAAAUUGUUUUCUAUUUUCUAUAUUAGAUUCAAUUGUAUUUUUCCUUUUUUUCUUUCCCUAUACGUUGUUUCUACACUAAUUGUUCAAUCGUGCAUCAAUAAUUUACACAUUUCAGCAAAGUUUUGUAGCCUAAUUGUAGUUUGUAAAGACACAAGAUUCGAUAGAUGAGAAGGCGUAAAUGUGGCUUCGCUCUGAAGGGGGGCAAAUGACAACACAACACUUUGUGUUGUGUCCACGUGGACUCGUGUCUUUACGUCCAAAACGAUACCGUUUUCUAAUUUGAUAGAAUAAAGAACAAAACUCUUCACUCUUUACAAAAGAUACCCGGUAUUGUCGACCAAGUAUAGGUAGUAGGUAAUCGGCUAUGAAACUCAAAUAACCAGGGGCACCAUUCUUGUGAACGAUUCACGCGCUGUCCACGGAGCCAGUAAGGAUGAUCCAUAGCGAUGCAAUUAAAAAGACUUCACCUAGACAAAGUUAAAAUUAAAUAUAAUGUAGUUAAUCGAGUGAACGAGACGAAUAAAGAACAAAUAAGCAAACACAUUAUUACACUGUGAAUCCCGUUCAUGGUUCAGCUCGGUUCACUGGGCAAAAUGGAACCAGGCGAUAUUAUAAAGUAGCGUAGUGUAUCAGUAGCGCACGAAAAACAAAAAAAACAGCGACUAUAGAAUGUAAAAUAACAACGCAAUUCCAAAUGACGCCUGGAGAUAGAAAACGUUAGGUGAAAUAUAUCAAUUAAAUAUACAUUACACAUUAUUUUGUACAUUUUAUUGGUAGUUAUGCCAAUACGGUCAAAACAUUAGCAGCAUAAAU